GCUUGUUGUUGUCUUACCAAGUUCUUAAUACGCAAUGGAGCUUCGCGCCUGUCAGUUCAAUUGAUGAUUCUCUGCAUCCAUUUAAACCAGCUAUGGCGCAGGAGAGCGAGGAUAACUUUGGAGUUUGCAUGAAAGCUCCUCUCUACUACUUCUUCAGAAAUGGUUGUGUGCCAACUCUUGUUCAUCUUAUUAUACAAGAAUUUAGAAAUGCUCAAUUUGUCAGGUUCUGUCUUGAUAAUCCAAAUAUUCUUCAAAGACCUGAACACAGGUGUAUUGGGAGUAUGAAUAUGUAUGAAUUUUUAAAAAUUGUUCAUCAAAAAGGCAAAAGAGAAGAACAAAAGAGAAAAAAGGAAGAACAAAAGAAAGGAAACGAUUCACUUAACACAUCCAGAACGUUACAUCUGAACAACUUGACCAAUUUUGAAGUGUCAUUAAGGAAGGUGUGUGUGUCCGAUCUCUUGGAGACAACCGGUUACCAGGAGGCAUUUGAAAACUUAAGAGACGUAGAUGUAACCUUUCUCCUUAAUCUCCUGACUAAUGACAUUCUACAGUACCAGUUGGAUGAUAAUAUUCUGAAAACUAUCAGUCUCUUAAAAGAAAUUAGAAAUGAUAUCCACCACCCAGGCCGUAGCCACAGGUAUGCUGAAAUGAAGAAGCAGCUGGAGGUACUUUGUGAGAAUACAAAGUUGAUAUAUGUUAAUCUCAAAAAAUCUCCUGACGAAAUUGAAAGGAUAAAAUGGGAAUCUCUAAAUGAAUUUCAUAAGAGGCCCCAAAUUCUCGAGGACCUUCAGCAUGAAGCUCUUAGGAGGUGCCCAGCCCAGGAGCAUUUUAUUUUGCCAAACAUAUCUCACUCGAGAGGACGCUGCCAAUCCGAAAGAGUUAUUGAGAGCCUUGAGAGAUACAUACUGAACUGGAAGAGUAAAGAGCAAGAGGAAACACAGCCAUUCCUGGUGUGUGGCGCUCCAGGAGUUGGCAAAACUACCAUUCUGAAAAAUCUAUCAAACUCAUUUUGUCAACAUCCUGAGGGAUCAUACUUCUCAUUGGUGUUGUACUUUGACACAAAUUGCAGGAUCAAUAACACCAAUAAUUUUAUGAAAAGAAUAUUUGAGAGUAUAAACGAAAUUUUUAAAAAUACAGUAGACAAGUAUGGAAUGGACAUUGUGGAAGAUGUUAUAAAAAUGUAUUCUGAUAAAAUUCUUUUUAUUGUAGACUGGAACAUGACAUCUCUGGGGGAUAUAAUGCAUGACAUAGAGAGGGGUACCUGGAUCAUCACUUAUCAAGGUAAUCCAGAAAUUGCCGAAUAUUAUCAAAUUCUGAAAGUAUUACCACUCACCGAACAGCAGGUAGAUCAGAUUUUGAGGAGUAUUAGUGAUGAAGACCGAAUGAAUCGUAUUUGUUCACUGUAUCAGGAUUGUAAUUACAAAGGCCUCCUCAAGAGCCCAGAUAUGGUGAGCAUAUUUAAAGAAAUUCAAAGCGAUUCCUGUAUAUCAUGUGACGAAUUGUUACAUCAUUUUAUUAACAGUAAGGUUCAUAGCACAGCAAACUAUGAAGAAGACUUGAUGAAGCUUGGAGAGAUUGCAUUUAAGAUGAUUGCAAAAAAUGGAAAAUAUUAUUCAGAAGAUGAUCUAUGUAAUGUAAGUGAUGGCGUGAAGAAACCAUUUAUUGAAUAUCAUAAAAACUGUCCCACCUUUAAGUACAGAGUCGUGGAAGAUUAUCUAGCGGCUAAGUAUGUUGUUGCCAGGCCAGAGGUAACGUGCAUUAAAUGGUUAAGUCAGGUUCCUUUAUUCAAGAGAGUGUUUAGAUUUGCUUGUUCAUUGUGGUGUGACAAUCAGCAAAAUAUUGAUCAUUGUUUGCCUUUCAUUGAGUCAUAUCUUUCAAAAUAUUUAGAUAUUGAAAAGCCAAAUGAGAAAUCUAAGAAGUGGAAUAAAAAGAAGAAGAAGAAGAAAAGGUUAAGGUGUCAGAACUCCUAUGGUGAAAGUUCUCCAGAAAAGCCCAUGGAUGUUGACAUUGAUGACGAUGUUACAUCCACAACUAACUGCAGCUUCGUUGACAAUGUGAGUGACUGUAGGAAAAGAGAUUCUUUCACAAAGUGGUCAUACUUAAUUAAACUUACUGAGAAUUGUCAAUAUCAUGAAAAAGUAAUGGAGAAACUGGCACAGCUGUUGUUGCACAAACAGACUUGGCAAUUUAAGUGUAAAAUACUUGAUGAAGGUAAAAUUGAGAAGAUAACCAAUGUGCUGAGACAUGUAAAAGAAAUCAAGUCCUUAAUAGUUAAGCUAGAAAGUGGCUCUAAUGUGAAAAUAUUAUGUCUGGUGUGGACAAUGAUAAGUGAACUAAAAGAACUGGAGGGUAUUCGAGUUCAAAUAAUGAUUAUUCAGAAUGAGUGGAAUCCAGUAAAACAUCGAAGAGAGCUUAUGGAACUGUCACACUUGAUAACCAGAAACAACACACUGUCUAUCACAAAGUACAUAGGACCUUUUGUUUGCUCUGAGAUACCUGAAUUCUUUAAAUGUUUGUGUUUUAGGAAGCUGGAAGUCUUGGAUCUUUAUGUGUGUGAUAUUGCUACCUUACGUGAGGUUAUGUCUUGUACAAAUUUGCCACACCUUAGAGAUGUUAUUGUAAGAGUUAACUUAAAGAGUGAGGAGCAGGCUCUUGAAGAUAAUAUCAAAUUGUUAGUUCCAGAAUUUGGUCCAUUUACCAUGAUAAUUAAGUAUUUUGAUAACUUGCAAAAGUUGUUAGAUAGAUUUGAAUCUCCACUCAACCUCACCUCUCUGAGUAUACAUGAUGUUUACAUACACAAAAAAUUCAAGCUAGAUUUGUCACGUUUCAAAAAUUUGACUUGUCUGUUUGUGAGGUUUGUGAAGGGAACAAAGACUGCCUAUGUUUUACCUAUCUCUCCAGCUGAUCAAGAGCCAAUGGAAAUAGAGGAUAACAAAGAGACUAGUUCAGCUAAAGUAUCAUUAGAGCAGUGGGUAUUCAACCUUUCUAUGAAUCUUAUCAUUCCUAAAGGAUUAGAAAGGCUGUUGCUAAGGAAUAUGGAUUUCUGCAAUAACUCAAAUAGCUUCUUGUUGCUAAAGUACUGGAAGACCUGUCAUAUUCAGAGGCUGAUCAUAGAGGAUUCAUCUCUCUCCUUAGCAGGGGUGAGAAAAAUUCUGAAGAGUCAUACUGAGAGUUUGGACGACAAAGGUUUGGAACAAGCCAUGAAAAAGAUCAAAUUGGAGAAGAAGAUUUCAACCCAGGUGAGGGAGUUGCUUCAAAAAACACCACGGCUUGCAAAAGAAAAACGUGAAGAAAGGAGACAGAAUAAACCUGAUGGCAAGGAAUUAAUAAUAACAAGUAAUUUUGACCUGUGUAAAGUUUGCAAAAAGUUUCCUUGCACCUGUGGGCAUCAGGGAAAAGGUGACACUAGGGAAGAUAUUGAGGAUCUCAUUUACCUUAUAGAAGAUACUUACUCCUAUGAGAUUCUCAGUUUUAGCUUCUCCUGUAAUAUCAUAACUGUCAGGAAGGAUUUAUGUGGAGACUUAAGGGUGCACUGCCCUCUCUCUGGUCUCAAGGAUGACAGUUUGUAUAAUUUGGAAAAUGAUGAUAACAUGGACAAUCUUGAAAAUGAAGCCCCAAUGCCAAGUACGAGAUCGCAUGUGCGUCAUUUGUUUCAAACGCUGACGCUUGCACAGUGCAUCUGUUUGAGUUAUACAGACCUCACUUAUAGAGGUGCAAUGCAAGUUAUUAAAAUUCUGAAACAGGGGAAGCGGGAAUAUAGUGGCCAAGGUUGUGUAGAGCCAUUUUCUCUCACUAUUAUGUCCACUCACCAUCCAAACUCCAAGGAUGAAAUUGAAAAUAGUUCUUUCUUGAAUUUCUUACAGGUUGAAGAUUGUUUAGUACAGUUUAAUUUUUGUUGUUGUUGUAGGGAGCGAUGUCACCGUAUCAACAUGACUCGAGCAGGUAGGUUUUAUGUUAAUGGUGAAAUAUAUAACUUGUAACUGCUAUGUACUGUACUGAGGAAAAGUGCAUGAGGUGAAUCCAGCCUUGAAUUUAUUUGGCAUUAGUCUGAUUAUGGGUUACAUGAUGUGGUAGCUGAAUGAACACAGCAUUCACCUCCCUAAGAGUCGCUGGUUUGAGUCCUACGAGACUCAUACUAGUAUUAAUUUGAAGCCUAAUAAGCAUUUUCAGAGAGCUCAAUAUGUAUGUUUGAAAUACAUAACUGUAUUGCGGUAUUAUGAAAUAUCAGUCAUUGUGAUGGCUGCAUAUACAUGUUACUCUCAGUGAUGUUUUUCGCUAACAGCAGAAUACAGUACAGUAAUGUCUCCAUUAGCCGGAACUCUCCAAUAAACGGAAUUGAAAUGUGCAUGAAAAUUUUCGGGAAGAUGUGUUUCAAUUCUGGUUUGGGAACAAUUAACUACAACUGAAAAUCAGGCGCUCUUCUGGAAAAAUACGAGAAAAUUUCUAGAGAAUCCAAGUUUUUUUCUGGGUCUGGGAAGAAAUUUUGCAGGAUGAAAAUUGGGCACAUUUUCUGAAAAUUCCUCAAAUUCUGCACAAACUUUUUUUUUUACAGGUACGGGAGCAAAUUCCGAGGAUGAAAUACAGAGUAGUGCACAAUUUCUGGAAAAUUCGGAGAAACUUUUCCCGGUACCCAGAAAAAUUCUGGGGAUGGGGGAUUUUUUCUGGGUUUGAGAGAGUUGUCUCGUUACCUGGAAAUUUCUCAUUCCUGGAAGUGCUCUGCACCAAUUGUUCAGUGAGGAUAUCACUGUUUACUGUACAGGGUGAUUCUCAAAUACUGUAUGUGCUGUAAAUUACAGGGUGUAUUCCGGGGAUAAUUUUAAGGCACAAUUUCAUUAUGACAAAAUGUUGGAAUCCACAGUUUCCUAGAGACUGUACAACUCUUGAAAGAGGUCGAGGUAAUGAUAGGGAGACUGGGUGAAACGGCCUUAGAUUUUUGUGUAACUAUAUGCACAUAACUCUCAUUUGUAAAUACAGUAUGUAUAGUUUGUGUUAUGCAUAGCUUCCCUUUCAUAUCAUCAUCACCAUCAUCUCAUGUCCUUGUAAUUUGGUCUGUCUGCCUUAUGGGAAGAAUUAUAUAGAUAAGUCCUUGGGUUUGCUUUUAAACCUUUUCAGUAGUGUGGUCCACUUGGCAACACACUGGAGCCCCGUACACACGAGCAAGGUUCAGGUAGGGAUGGUGAUGGGUGCUUAUCUGACCACCAUCCAUCUCAGUGCCCAGGGCUUAGCUAACUCUUCUCAUCAAUGGCAGAAAAUAUUUUAGCUUUAGCUUUUAUUGUAUUCAUGAUGAUCCAGUUACCACGUUGUUUUAUCACUCUUAUCCACCAAAGUUUUAAGUUCAUCGGAUGUAGAAAUAUAUUUACUUUCAACUGUACAUUCUCUCCUUCGGUCAUAAUGCACAUGUGAAAAUAUAAGAUAAAUGUUAUUUUAGUCUUAAGUAUUUUUUUUUAUUCUUUCUGUAAGUGGAUCCAUGUUAGAUCUUUUUGUAAACAACAUUGUUUUUCUCGAUGUUAUUGACUUUAUAGGACAGUCUAACUGAUUGUUUAUGCUGACAUCUUUUUAAACAUUUGAGUUAAUUUAGUACAGGUGUAUACUACUGUACUGGACUAAAGAAUUGCUCUAUAAUGUUUGUUUGUUUUGUGAAUUGAAAUUGUAUUGUUUACCUUAAAAAUUCAAUAGUAAUUUUAUGAGUUUAUUUGGGGGGAAAGGAUAUAGAGUGUACAGUAGUUUUAUAGUAUUUAAUGUACAGCAUAGAGUAUUUAUAUUACAAGAUGCUGUAAGCAUUUUGUCUGUGUUAUUUAAAUUGAAAACUGAAUUUUGUGUGUUAUUUAAUAUUGUUAGAUCUUUAUAAAAUGUGUACUGUAUCGUUGACACGUACAGCAUGCUACUGUGUUGUACUCUGAUUAAAUACUGACAGGUGGAUUUUGAAGAUGAACUGUGUUGAAUGACCUGAAUGUUCUGUGCUUCAAGUUUUAUAUUUGUACAGAAUCUUGUAAAUAUGAUUUGUUCUUUUAUCAUGCACACACUGUACAAGGCUUUACCUGCUAUGAUGCAAACUACACUAGUGCUGAUCUCCAGAUUCUUUACAGAUUAUUUUUUUCUUGGUUAUAAGGAGGUUUUAUACCACUGUACAGUACUUCUUUUUAUAAAAUAUAUUUGUGAAGACAUUUAUCAAACAAUGGCUAAAAUACGUUGUUUACACCAGCUUUAAUUUUAUUUUGGUUUCUCUUCACUUCUUAAUCCUUUGAAGGUGUAACUUUACUUCAGUAUAGUAUUUAUAUAUGAUCUAAGUGCCCACCAUCUGUAUUGUACAAUAUUGAAUUAAUGUUGACUUUCUUGUCAUGCAUAAUACCUCAAAAUAUUUUUAAAUAUUGUAUAUUUUGAAGUUGUAAUUCAUGUUCUGUAAGUCAUAUGAAAAAUAUAUACAUUGAGUAAGUGAUUGAAAAUGUUUUCCCACAAGUUUCAUACAUCUGUGAGGUAAAACCUGCACUGCAGUUGGUGUACUGGGUAUUGCACCAAUGUGAGUUAAUUUUUUUAGGGAAUAAUUCUUGUCCCAGAUUCUGAUUUAGGUCUAUCAAAAUUAACAUUUAAUUAAAUAAAGCAUUUUUAAUGCUGAUUUGGAUCUGUAUUGAUGUGAAAAUGUGGGAUUUCAUACAUGUUUUUUAUUCAUCUGUAGGUGAAAGAUAAGAAGUAAAUAACUAUACCUAUCAGGAGUUUUAGAGCCAUAGAGAGUUGUAGGUGAAUGAGGCAGUUGCUACAACAUGUUCCUAUUUUCAAAGCAUUAUAUAUGAACUACCUCUCCAUGUGCCUUACAAAAAGAGGUGAACCUAGUCAGCAUCGUCACAGGCAUUUGUCCUUUACUCCCAUAAAUAUUCUUGUUAUCCUUCUGCUUGGUGCUUAAUCUCUUAACACUAUGUAACACAAAUACAGUUGUAUCAAAAGGAAUAACUAUUAUGUCUGUCUUUUUUGGCUCAAAGUCAUAAUACAGUACUUUAAACUCUCAUACUUUCUAAAUUUUAGGAAAGGGGUUUUCUGAACUGGUGUAAAGGUAAUGUCACUGCCUAGACACACCAUCAUAAAUAAUGUUUAGUAAUGUUAUUCAAUAUAUAUAUAUACCUCUACUGUAUAUGUUUUAUAAUUGUUCCCAACAGUACUUGGUGAAUGUUGUACAGGUACUGUACCUCCUUGGAAGUGUGUACUGUGUUGUACUGUACUGCAUUCUGAAAUCUCUGAACUUUAGUAUAUUUAUAAUUUAAUUCUUUUGUUAAGCAAGGUACUGUACAGCCAUUACACUAUGUAUAGUAUUUGUCAACUGCAACACAUUAUUUGUAAAUACAGCACACUAUACAAUA